UCUUGGAGGAUGCAUUCAUCCCGGUCUCUCUCUAAUUGAACAUCUUUGGGAGCAGGUGAAACCGCCCAGACUCGCAGUUUAAGGCUUGACCACUUCUAAAAACAAGGAUUCCGUUUCAUUGGGACAACCAUGUCGUCAAAAUGCCCUAAGUGUGAUAAAACUGUCUAUUUUGCGGAAAAGGUGACAUCCCUGGGGAAAGACUGGCAUAAGUUUUGCCUGAAGUGUGAGCGCUGCAGCAAGACACUGAACCCUGGAGGUCACGCAGAGCACGAUGGAAAACCUUUCUGCCACAAGCCAUGCUAUGCUGCUCUCUAUGGACCAAAAGGUGUGAACAUUGGCGGAGCUGGCUCCUAUGUCUACGAUACCCCUGUCACCGAUGGCCCUGCCGACGUUCCCACGGAAACAGAGCCGAAGCCAGCAGAGAAGAAAGCAUCCGCCCCCCCCAAAGGCCCAGUGAAAGCUGCAAGCUUCACAUCUUUUGCUGGACAGCCCAAUGUCUGCCCACGAUGCAACAAGACGGUGUAUUUUGCUGAAAAGGUGACCUCCCUCGGUAAGGAUUGGCACCGUCCCUGCCUGCGCUGUGAGAGGUGCAGCAAGACUCUGGCACCAGGGGGCCAUGCUGAGCAUGAUGGCCAGCCCUACUGUCACAAGCCGUGCUAUGCUGUCCUGUUUGGACCCAAAGGGGUAAACACAGGAGGAGUAGGAAGUUAUAUCUAUGAUGACCCAAAUGCUGAGACCCAACCUUGAAGCCUUUAACUAUCGGCCACCACCACCAAACACUAGGCUACCAACUCCUUUAACUAUCGCCCCCCCAGCCCCGCCCAUCAAACACUAGGCUACCAACUCCUUUAACUAUCGGCCACCACCACCAAACACUAGGCUACCAACUCCUUUAACUAUCGCCCCCCCAGCCCCGACCAUCAAACACUAGGCUACCAGCUCCUUUCUGAUGAUGGUGUAUACUUCCACGUCUAACCUGGUUCCACAGCCAUUUUACCCCUUUCUAUAAUGCUUUCCUGUGGCCAUGUUUGUUUGUUUGUGUGUGUGUGUGUGUAUCUGGGACUUGUAGUCCAGCAACCAUUAGCUAGCCUGCUGCUGUCCACUUUUCUAGAGAAUGGAUAAAAAAACCAUAUGUGCCCUUCCAAAGGCAUUAUCGUAGAUGUGAGCAUUUUUAGUAUAACUUCUUGCUGUAUUUAUACAUUGUUUGAAUAUAUUUUUUUGUAACUAAACUCAACGCCCUUGUGUUAAUAUAUGGUGUUACGUUUUUUGAAAACCUUUGAAUAGAAUAUAUGCAAAGUGCCAUGUGAGUAAUCUGCCAAUGAUGUGAUAAAGUUCAUGGGUCACUGAGAUGCAUUGAGUCGUCGAGUAUUAGUGUGGCAAAGGCUUCACCUCCAAUAAGAAAUACCGGUCGAGAAUAGAAGUAGAUGAAUUUUAAACUCACAUGUAGAGAUUUGAGACUCCCAAGUGUUCUUUACCUGCUAAGGGUUAGGAGUGAUGUCCUGCCGUGUGUUAGAAUUUGAUAUUACUAACUGUUUAGAGGUUUUGGCGGCUUUCUAUUGUUCGUUUUCUUGAGCACCCGUUUCAUAGUUUCCGAAGAAUUAAUUUGACACUGAAUUUUCUACAUAAAAAAAAAAUGUGAAUGUGUGA